UGAGGAGGCGGUACAGGGGCCCAUGGCAGAGUGGCGGAGCGUAAGCAGCUAAAAUUGAAGGCCAUACAGAGGCCUAUGUUAAAAUGUCCCCCCAGCAGCAGCGUGGGAGACGACUAUCAAGAGUCCAAUGGCAGAGUGGCGGAGCAGAAGCAGCUUCAAUUGAAGGCCAUACACAGGCCUAGGUUAAAAAGCGGAAGCCGUCAGCAGCGGUGGAGGUGGAUGCAGCAGUAUUUCGGAAGCCAAACACAGGCCUCGGUAAAAAGCGGAAGCCGUCAGCAGCGUGAGCAGACGACAGAGGCACAUGGCGCAGUGUGGCGGUGGAGGCAGCAGCAAUGGAAGGCCAUACAGCACCCUAUCACAAAAUGGAACCCACCAACAGUGUAAGGAGACCUGAAAGUGGCACAUGGCGCAGGGUGGCGGUGGAGGCAGC